AUGCCUGCUUCUAUCAAGGACGUCCCUCCAGAAAUCUUCGAGAACAUCCUCUCCCACAUCCGUCCUGUAGACUAUCUCAAAGUCAAACUCGUCUCCAAAAGCUUUUCGGACUGGGCUUCCAAUGUUUUCAAAUGGGAAGACAUGACUAUGGAGGAGGUGGUGCAGGGCCACACCAGCGUAGAAGCUAGCCUUCCAAGGGGUCGACCUCUAAAUUACUGCGUUUGCAAGCACUGCGGACUGGUCAAACCUACCAACGAGUUCUCCGACAACCAGGCCGUGAAGACCAACCACAAGCGCAUUUGCAUCUCAUGCGGGAUCGGCUACAACACCUACACCAAGCGUCAGUUGCCGAAGAUCAAUGGAGAGGAACACAUACCCUGCUGGCAUUGUAGGAAGGCUGUUCCGAAGUACGACAACUGGGAGGAGAUACUUGUAUCAGGAAAGGCUGUUUUGACGAAGUUGCUUGAAGAAACCACGCCUGAGGGCGACCCAAUAACAUACAUGACAUCAGAUCGCUAUCUCGGACCUAAAAAGAAGCAAAAGAAACUUUUCACAGAGUUCGAUAACCUGCAAGAGGAAUGGAAAAGUAUCUAUUGUAGGUCUAAUACAGGACUGAACGUUACCAACAAAGCUCUCCAAACUCGCAGUAGCAUGACUGCCGGCGCUCAACAGAAAUUGCUUGUCCUCAGAGUAAAUUUUGAACGAGAGAUCCAGAGGAUAGAGGAUUGGGUAUUGACAAGCGAAGCGAUCAAGAUCAUCGCACAAAUCAGAGCUCUGGAAAAGCAAGCAGUUAAAAAGGAAGACAAAGCCUAG